UCGUCGCAGCCGCAGCCUCAAAGGCCGAUUCAGCAUGCACGAAGGAACCGGCGAACCACUCGAUCUACUGCGAUGAACCAAGAGGUGGAUAUGGUUCCCUUGGAAGUGGUGGAUUCCGAUUCCGAUUCAAAUUCCGAUCCUCAACGACUUGAGGCGGAAGACAAAGGGGCAGAUGGUGUACCGGAGGUUGCAGGUGAAGCAAUUCCGAUUGUGGCCACCGAUCCAGACUUGCUAAAUUGCAGUAUCUGUCAUUAUCCGUUGUGUACGCCGAUCUUCCUGUGUGAUGAUGGGCAUACAUCAUGCUAUACUUGCCUAAUCCGUUCAGAGAACAAGUGUCCUUCAUGCAGCGUUCCAAAGGGCUUUAAGCAUUGUCGAGGAAUGGAAAAGCUGAUAGCAUCACUGCGAGUAGAGUGCAAGAACAAGAAGUUUGGAUGCCAAGAGAUAUUGAUGAACCACAAGAGAGCCAAGCAUGAAAACAUAUGUCCGCAUACAUUAUGUUUCUGUCCUGAUUCCUCCUGCGGCUUGGCCGCUUCUUGCAAGCUCCUGUACAACCAUUUCAGUCGCCAUCACUCUGCUAUUCAAUUCGUCUACAAUGCCGUCUUCAAUCUUCGUGUUGAAACAACCCAGAAGCACGUCAUUCUUCAGGAACGGAAUGAAAAGGUUAUCUUCAUCGUCAACCAUGAUGUUGUAGGACAUGGAAGAGUCUUCAAUGUCGACUGCGUAGGACCAGACACAUUUAAGAAUGGUUUUGUGUAUCGGCUGACUGUGAAAUCCAUGGACGCAUGUUUAUCGAUGGAGUGUGUACCCGAAGUCUCCACAAAGUGGAAGGAACAUACUCCUGAUAACAACUAUUUAACCAUCCCAUCUCGUAUAACGGGAUUCGGCCUGCAAGUGUGCAUCAAGAAAGCUCAAAAAGAGUCAUGGUCUUUUAAAGGAAACGGAUUUUAGUCGAA